CAGCUUCUGAAAACAGAAAGAUUUUCAAAUCAUCAACUGUCAGAACAGCAAUGGAUACUUCUGCUUGCUCUUCCAGUGCUACCAUUUGUAAUGGUACAUCCUGUGUUUUGCAUGAGAAGAAUCCCAACGAAACUCUAAGUGUCGUCCUGAGUACUGUUAUUACUAUCAUGUUAGCCUUAGUGAUGUUUUCCAUGGGUUGCAAUGUGGAACUUCCAAAAUUCAUCUCUCACAUAAAGAAACCAUGGGGCAUAUUUGUGGGCUUCCUUUGUCAGUUUGGAAUUAUGCCCCUUACAGGCUUUCUCCUCUCCGUGGCCUUUGACAUCCUUCCUAUCCAAGCUGUUGCAGUGCUCAUCAUGGGCUGUUGUCCAGGAGGAACAGCUUCCAAUAUUUUGACUUAUUGGAGCGAUGGUGACAUGGACCUGAGUAUCAGCAUGACAACAUGUUCCACAAUACUUGCCUUGGGAAUGAUGCCUCUUUGUCUCUAUAUUUAUACAAAAAUGUGGACAGAUUCUGGGUCAAUUAGAAUUCCUUAUGAUAGUUUAGGUAUUUCUUUAGUUGCUCUCAUUAUUCCCAUCUCUGUAGGAAUAGUUGUCAAACAAAAAUGGCCAAAGAAAGCUCAGAUCAUACUUAAGAUUGGUUCCAUUACAGGUUUAAUUCUCAUAGUGAUCAUAGCUGUGACUGGAGGUAUAUUGUACCAGGGUUCCUGGAUCAUUCGUCCUAAAUUGUGGAUUAUAGGAACUAUGUUUCCUUUAAUUGGUUAUUCUAUGGGCUUCUUCCUGGCUUGGAUAGCUGGUCAGAACUGGCAGAGAUGUCGGACAGUGUGUUUGGAAACAGGAAUGCAGAACACUCAGCUGUGUUCAACGAUAAUACAACUAUCCUUCAGCGCUGAAGAGCUUAAUCACAUUUUCACCUUUCCUCUCAUCUACAGUAUUUUCCAGCUUGGGCUGGCAGGAAUAUUCGUAGGAACCUAUGUCUUAUACAAGAAAUGGGUUGACAAAAAUAAUGUACAACUUGCAGAGAGUGACAACAAUAAUACAGAGUCUGAUCCACCCAAUGGUAUUCAGAAUGAAGUAUUUUCUCUGCACGAGGACUAGACUUCAAUGGAAACAGAAGACCUUCAAGGAAGAUACUUUUUUAAAAAAGUCUUUGUUUGAGUAAAACAUUUGACCAAGUAAAACAGUUAAAUUUAAAAUGUGAUUGAAGCCACAACAUGAAUUCUGUGAUAACUUACUGGUGGCCUUGUGAUGUUACAAAGAUUUGUCAAGAACAACUAAUUUUAAUUUCUGCCAAGAACAAAUAUUCUAAGGGUCACCAAAAGGACCUUCUAAUGAUUGCACUAUAUUGCCUCCUGGAUAAUACUUUGAGUUUUUUAUCACCCUGAAAUGAGGACCUGAUAUUUUAUAUAGAGAGAGAUAUGCAAUUCAUUGUUGCUAAAAAAAAAAAAAAAAAGCUACAACUUACAAUGGGGACAGUCAUCUGCAUCCAGAAAGAGGACAGUGGGGACUGAAUAUGGAUCAAAACAUAGUAUUUUCACCUUUUUUGUUGCUGUUUGUUUGCUUUUUUCUCAUUUUUUUCUUUUUGAUCUGAUUUUUCUUGUGCAACAUGAUAAAUAUGGAAAUAUAUGUGGAGGAAUUGUACAUAUUUAACAUAUAUUGGAUUAUUUGCUGUCUAGGGGAGGAGGUGAGGACAAGGUAGGGAGAAAAAUUUGGAACACAAGGUUUUGCAAGAGUGAAUGUUGAAAACUAUCUUUGCAUGUAUUUUGAAAAUAAAAAGCUAUUGUUUUUAAAAAGUUACAGUAUUUACCUGAAUGAAGAAAUGAACAUACCUAUGAUAUUUUUAAACUAUUAUUAUUCAAAGCUUUUGCUUCAAAUCAAGAUAAUCUGUCAGAGAACACCACAAGUCAAUAUCUGAUUUUCCUUUUGAAAAGUGGGGAGAAAAAAAGAAGAAAACCCAAACCGAAGCCCUUUCCAAGAACAAUGCUCUAAUAUCAUAAAUGAGUAUGUCCAGAAUUCAUUUGAUUCAGCAAACAUUUAUUGACUGUCCAGGACAUAAAGUCAGUGGUGUAUUCCUACUCUCCAUCCUUUGUUCCACUUCAAAAAUGUAAUGGUCUAGCCAGUAUGUUUCAAGAGACUAACAAAUCUAACUAUAUAUUAUAUUUUGUACAUGUUAGAGAGUUUUUCAUAUUGUAAGAAUGUAAUAAAUGUGUUUUCAUUCAUUCA